UCUGGCUCACGACCGAGAAUCUGCGCUGCUGGGCCACGGUUCUAGAGCAGAUAUUAGUUUUUUGACACGGGUGCCGGGGUCUCACAGAUCUAACGAAACCACAGGUAGUGCGGGACUGCAGUCGAAUGCAGAGGCUUGCGACGAGCCCGCGGAUUGGAUUGCCGUACAGUUGAGGUCUUCGAGUGCUGACGCAUGGCGGGCGCGAAACAGAGC